AGUGAUCUUUGAAACUUCUAAAUUAAGUAUUAAUGCUUUUUAUUGUCUGUAAUUGAUUUGAAUGAGUUUUCUCAAAAUGGGGAGAUGUCGUUUUGAAGCAGCGUCUUUUGGUGUCCUACGUCUGCCUAUUCAUCUACUUCUGUAUGUGGUUCUACCUGGUGAAUUCGUUUCCUUUAAACUUACAGGAGAAUCUCCUUUCACUAAAAAAUUGGAGGGCUUCCAAAUAUUAAGACUCUCCCCACCUCCCCAGUAGGCUAAGCCAGUCCCAUUUCAUUUAAUAUUUAAGAAGUUGGCCAUUGACACAUACACGCAGAAAAUUUCUGGUCUAUCUCAAGUUUUCAUUGACUUCUAGAAAAAUGAUUACAAUUUAAGAAUUUGGAGGCCGCCAUCAGAUCUUUCAGAUAAAAAUUGUCUUAGCAGGUUUGCCAUUUUGGAAAUAUUUUCCCCGUGUUCAUUUGAACAAAAUUGGUUUAAUACAUUUUUCAAAGUUCUUUAGCAUUAUUGAAAAUAAUUUCCUUUUUGUGUGUUUUGGGGAAAUACAUAGUAUGCUACAGACAGCAGGCAAGUGAUGUGCCUAUUAAGCGUUUUAAAACAGGAGUAGGAACUUUUUGUAUUAUUUGCUUUACUGCUUAUAAAGCAUGUGGUAUACAUUUUUCUACUCUUGCUAAUGAAUCCUGUGUAUCUGUUCUUGUAUCCCUAGAUACAUUCUUUACACAGUUGCAUGUUGUUACACUACUUACUUACUUCUACUUUCCUGUUUCCCAUUUGAAGUGUUAAUGUACUAAGAGCAACCACUUGGAACUUUCAUUGUGCCUUUUUCUGUUACUUUUUGAAAAUGAAAUUUUGCAGUUUCAUUCUUUUACCCCCAGAUUCUUUUCUUUAGGUUUAUUCUAAACAAAAUGGGUAAGACUUUUAAAGGCUCUGCUUUGUUUUUUAGUGUUUACCUGAAUAUUCUCACAUUUUAUUCCUUCUAAAUUUAAUUCAUAUACCUGGUAGGAUUUUAUUGUUAAUGGCUACAUUUAAAACAAAUCUGUUAUCACAGUGUCAUUGUUAAGACAUGGAUUUCUGAAAGUCCCAUUUAUAUUUUUUUGAUUCUAAUAGCUAGUACAUGUUAUGACUUGUAGAACAUAUUCAAUUAUGAUUCCUGUACUUCAUGGUUAUUGGAAUAUAAUUUAGAGCACAUUUUCAUCCCAGAAUUACAGUGUAGUAUAGAAUUAUAUUAGAUAACUAGUGUAUAUGUUUGAAUUAAGAAAAAAAAAGUUUUAGAGUAGUUUUCCUAAAAACUUGAAAGAAUAAGCUGUUUUGUCAGAAUAAUGGGGAGCCAUGUAACUUUGCUUUAAACUAAGCCUAAUGAAAGAAGAUAUUUAUAUAGGUUAAAACAUAUAUAUAUGUACUUAGUAGGAGAUGAAACUGAAUUUUCAGCUUAGUAUCAUUGUGAAAUUUGAGUCCUCUUCAAAAAUCCGUAAUCAGAGUUCAGUAGCUUUUGUACAUGUUCCCCUGUAUCUAAAGCUAGAGACAUCAAGUCCAUUCAUUUGCAAAGUUGAAUAGUAAGUUUUUACAAAUUCACAAAAACUAUAAAUUUGAUGUUUUAUCCAAAGCAGAAUAUUUAAAUCUAAUUUUUUGUUGUUGUUAAUGCUUAAAAUGUGACCAAUUCUUAAAUUUUAGUAUAAAUCUUACAUAUGUUUAACUUUAUUUUGUCUGACUAACAUUUCAGGUAACUAUAGUUUACAUUUCACUCCAUUUAAAAACAUUCUUUCAUGUUUGGUGUCUGUUUUUCUUUGCUCUGUUAAAAUUUUCAGCUAACAAACAUUUUCCCUACAUUCUUCCUCUGUUGCACACUGUUAAUAGGUUAUUGAAUUUAGAUAUAUUCUGAGGUAAAAACUGCUACGGCAAUUUAAAAUUAUUUUUACUUCUCUACAUAUUUUGAUUCUUUGGGGGGCAGGGGGUGGUAAAUGGUUUGGUUUCUUUAAAGUUCUUCGCGCCCCCCCCCCCCCCGCCCCCUCUGGACUUGAGAAAGUUGAUAUUAUGCUACUUUGCUGCAGAAUUGGCUAAUGUCAUUUUACAGGGACCUUUCAUUUCUGUGAUUUCUCCUUCCCUCCCCACCAGGAAAGAAUGCCAUACAUAAGUCACACUGCCUCCAAGACAUCUGAUGCUUUGACACUCUUCCUUAGCACAACUCUGCUAAGCCCAAAUCCCUUUUGUAUACCUUAUGUUGGUGAUCCACAUGGGGCAGCAGGGAUUACAGGUGCCAUGAAAAAAAUACAGGGCAAAUUUGAGGCCUGUUAGAGAGGGGAGAAUGCUUUAUUGCAACUUUUAGCUGACUAGAUGCUUAACUUAGUAACAAGUUUAGCCCUUGUAACUGGCUAGCUAAAAGCAAAUCGGCUUGUUUCUCAGAUCUUUGGGGGAUAGCAAGAAACAUUUGAGUGAAUGUUGUUGAAGAUUUUCAGUAGUAUAGAAAAUGAUGGCGCUCUUGUGAUAUUUGUAAGUACAAGCAAGGAUUUGGCACAGACAUCCUAUUUCAUGGCUACCAACAGUCUCCACCUUACCACCUUCUGUCUUCAGUACAAACCAACAGUGAUAGCAUGUGUAUGUAUUCAUUUGGCUUGCAAAUGGUCCAAUUGGGAGAUUCCUGUGUCAACUGAUGGAAAACAUUGGUGGGAAUAUGUGGAUCCUACAGUUACUCUAGAAUUACUAGAUGAGCUAACACAUGAGUUUCUACAAAUAUUGGAGAAAACACCUAGUAGGUUGAAGAGGAUUCGAAACUGGAGGGCUAAUCAGGCGGCUAAGAAACCAAAAGUAGAUGGACAAGUUUCAGAAACGCCACUUCUUGGUUCAUCUUUGGUCCAGAAUUCCAUUUUAGUAGAUAGUGUUACUGGUGUGCCUACAAACCCAAGUUUUCAGAAACCAUCUACAUCAGCAUUCCCUGCACCAGUACCUCUAAAUUCAGGAAAUAUUUCUGUUCAAGACAGUCAUACAUCUGAUAAUUUGUCAAUGCUGGCAACAGGAAUGCCAAGUACCUCCUAUGGUUUGUCAUCACACCAAGAAUGGCCUCAACAUCAAGAAUCAGCAAGGACAGAACAGAUGUAUUCACAGAAACAAGAGACAUCUUUGUCUGGUACCCAGUACAACAUCAACUUCCAGCAGGGACCUUCUAUAUCACUGCAUUCAGGAUUACAUCACAGACCGGACAGAAUUUCCGAUCAUUCAUCCAUUAAGCAAGAAUAUGCUCAUAAAGCAGGGAGCAGUAAACACCAUGGGCCAAUUUCUGCUACUCCUGGAGUAAUUCCUCAGAAAAUGUCUUUAGAUAAAUAUAGAGAAAAGCGUAAGCUAGAAACCCUUGAUCUGGAUGUGAGAGAUCAUUAUGUAGCUGCCCAAGUAGAACAGCAACACAAACACGUGCAGUCACAGCCAGCCAGCAGCAGUUCUGUCACUUCUCCCAUUAAAAUGAAAAUUCCCAUCACAAAUACGGAAAAACCUGAAAAAUACAUGGCGGAAAAGAAGGAAAAGAGCGGAUCACUGAAAUUACGGAUUCCAAUACCACCCACUGAUAAGAGUGCUAGUAAAGAAGAACUGAAAAUGAAAAUCAAAGUUUCUUCCUCAGAAAGACACAGCUCUUCCGAUGAGGGCAGUGGGAAGAGCAAGCAUUCGAGCCCACAUAUUAGCAGAGACCAUAAGGACAAUAAGCACAAGGACCAUCCCUCAAACCGCCACCACCCUAGCAGUCACAAGCAUUCCCACUCACAUGGUGGUGGCGGCAGCGGUGGCGGUAAACACAGUGCUGACGGAAUACCACCCGCUGUUCUGAGGAGUCCCGUCGGCCUGAGCAGUGAUGGCAUUUCCUCUAGUUCCAGCUCUUCAAGGAAGAAGCUGCAUGUCAAUGAUGCAUCUCACAACCAUCACUCCAAAAUGAGCAAAAGUUCCAAAAGUUCAGGUAGUUCAUCUAGUUCUUCCUCCUCUGUUAAGCAGUAUAUAUCCUCUCACAACUCUGUUUUUAACCAUCCCUUACCCCCUCCUCCCCCUGUCACAUACCAGGUGGGCUACGGACAUCUCAGCACCCUCGUGAAACUGGACAAGAAGCCAGUGGAGACCAACGGUCCUGAUGUCAAUCACGAGUACAGUACAAACAGCCAGCAUAUGGACUACAAAGACACAUUCGACAUGCUGGACUCGCUGUUAAGUGCCCAAGGAAUGAACAUGUAAUCAUUUGUUUAGGUCCAUUUUUCCUUUACUUUUUUAAUUUAAAAAUGGUUAGAAUGGAAAACUUUCUCCUGAUCUAGCAGUGGUAACACCUGCUCUUGCUGCCACUGUAUCAAUAUUUGUAAGUGCUGCUUUAUUCUUCAUUCUGAAAAGAAGAGAUGAUAGUAAACAAGUCUUUAUCUCCACAUAUGAUAGUGUUAUAAAUACUGUAAAAGCAUGGAAGGUGCAAAACUCAGUAUUUCUACAAUUGCAGCUAAGAACAUUAGGAUGAAUGGCUGGCUGCUUCUAGGAAUAUAAGAUGCCUCAAGCAUUCAUUAUUUAUAAUUUGAAUACUGUAGCUAUUUUGUUGUUGUUGCUUGGCUUUUGAAUGAGUGUAAAUUGUUUUCUUUUGUGUAUUUAUACUUGUAUGUAUGAUUUGCAUGUUUCAAUGAUAAAGGGAUAAAACAGUAUACUGACAACUGUUUACAAGAAAGUGGAGAAAAAUGUACAUACAUUUUUGUAUGUUUAGAUAUUACCAUAAAUACUCAGGAUUGGAGCUGCUUGUAAGUAUAACGAUAAUAACUUUAUUUUAUCUUGUCAGAGUCCAUCACUAAUCUAAAACAAAGGUGGCACUUUUUCAUGUUAACCUUAAACUCUAGGCCUUACUGGAAGCCACUGAAGGGGGGGACACUUCACUACCAGAUGGGUAUGCAGUGCCGCAGAUGGUCAUGUAUUUACACUGUGAGGCACUGAACUUUUGCCUUCAGAGCUUCUGACCAGGUGGGCUGCUGAAAUAGCCCCUAAUUUUCUGAAGGCUUGAAGAGGAAAAAAUAAAGUUUACAUACUCUUGAUGUGAAGUGCAUUUGAAAUGUUUGUCGGCUUGUUGCAGUACUAUAAACACAGAGCUGUUAAUAAUGGUUAUGUAGAUUACUGUGAUUUGAAAACUAAAUCCACGAAACUUACAUAGUGAAGAACUAGUAAGUUUUUUUCUUAAAUAAAGAACUUUAACACUACAUAUUUUAACAGUAAACAGGGAUUGCUUUUCCUUUAGUGUUCAGAAUGACACCAUAUUCUUAAACAUACUCCUCCCAUGAAGUGUGUUUGUGUGUGAUGCCGUAUUCCUUUUUCAGGUAAAUGCAGUCUUCCUUAUAGAAAUGAACUUAACCUGUUGCUCUCUCAGUUCUUUUAUAUUCUAACAAUAAAUAAAAAGAAAAGAUCACUGACUGUGCAUUGUACCUGUAUUUAUAGCUUAUGGUUGUUAUCAGGAAGCUCUGUGAGAAAAAAGGGUUAGCCUCCAGGUAAACAAGCUAGUGGAGGUUUUACAUUUGUUUGCACAUCUCAGUAUAUUCCUGUUGAGGUCAAGUUUGCACAGUCAUCUAACUUCUGAACAAACAAUAGACUUUAACUUGCUUAAAAUCUGUCAUAAACACCAGUAAUGUGGCUCCGGUUUAUCAGCUAAUCUUGAAUUUAUUCUGUGGUAAAUCUUUGAGCUGUUGAGUGUCUUUAGAUGGGGUGAAUUUUCAACUUUCGUUGAACUGAAAACUGUCUUAAUUUUUUCCUCUAUGUAUAUGAAUUAUUUUUGUUACAAAGCCACUGAUAUGUGCACAAUUGUAAUUUUACUCAAGUAUGUUGCAGUUGUAAAUAUUAGAGCGUUUAAUCUCGUGCUCUACCUUUAUUUAGCGAUUACCUAAUUUGCCAGUAGCUUUAUAAUUUUUUUUAAGAUAAUUGUUCAUUAUUUUGUCAAUGUUAUUUGAACUUAGGAUACUAGGAGCCUCUUUCUAGGGACUUUGCCUAGCUAGCAUGUCCUAACAUUUGUUCUUUGUCUUGCAUAACGUUAGUAAUCUUUGUCAUUACAUGUAACUUUGUUGCUCUGUAUGGCAUAUUAUUGUAUCCAUAAACAUGGUAAUUUUGAUACAGUUAUACUUUUACAGUGGUACAUAAUCUGAGGACUAGUAUAGAAUUAAGCUGAGUGCAAGAUGAGGGCGGGGAAGGGUUUUGUUCUUGGUAAUUUAGAUGUGAAACCUCUAAGGAGCUAUCAUGUGAAACGACAUAGGGUGGUCGUGCUACUGUAUAAUGGGGGAUGAUAAUACCAGGAAUUUUAAUAAGAUUUUGUAAAGAAUAUCCAAAAAAGUAGUGAACUUAUUUUCAGUAUGACAUAGAAAACAAUGUGAAUAUUUAAGGUCUGUGACUAUACUUAAACUUCACUAAGAAUUUGCAGAAUUGUUUUGAGAUGUGGGAAUAAAGGUGAUUUUGUUGAAUCUUUAUUGGUGCUAAUGAUGGACAGUUUAAAAGGUAGCUAGUAUAUAUUGUUAUGGGUCAGUACUUAUUAGUACUUCCAAAAUUGAAUUUGAAAUGCUAUGUAUUCACUUUUCACUCUGUAAAUGUAAUUCUUUACAAUGACUUUAUUUAUUAAAGGGCAGCCAGUUGUAAUUUGUACAGGAUUGUGUGAGCUAUUCAAACUCUUUAACCUCUGAAGAGGUUUAUAGGUUCUAAAACCACCAUGGGGAUGAAUAUGAAAAUCCUUUUAAGUUUCAUUUCCAUUAAAUGAAAACCCCUAUUACUCAUAUUACCAUUAAUUUGCUUUCCCCAUCUCAUUUGCAUAAAAGAGUUCAUCAGCCUGGUCCCAAUAGGCUCAACCAAAGAAAAAGACUCCAAUGAAUGGACAUUAUUAUUGAGUCUUCUUGUAAGUAGCCAUAAAUAAACCAAAAUAGUAUCAUCAAAUUUAGGUAUGAAAUUCCACAUGUGCAAAGUACUGUUAAGGUGAUUUACAUUUUUGAUGAGAUUUUUUUUAAUAUUUGAAAUAUUAAAAAGCAUUAUCUUUGAACAUCCUUUAAAAGAGUGGUUCAUUUUUCAGUUGUCUUUUCCCUAGAUCAUAGUUUUGUUACCUUUAUGCAGAAGCACAUUGCAUAGAAAGGCUUAACUUCUACCUCUUUAAGUAGCUUUCCAGUAUUGAGUUGUGCCCCCUAAAUAUAUGCCUUAGCUACUUUAAAAUAUGUUUUCAGAACCAAAAAUCAGAGUGUUUUUUCACUGAAACAUUCUUGGAAGGCCUGCUGUACCAAACUUUAGCGGUAUCCUUUAGGGGUAAGACCUUGCAAAAUGUCCCAAUUCCCUUUUGUUGUUGAACCUGAAGUUUCUUAGGUUUGUCUUUGAAAGCAGUCACAGGUGCAUCUUGAUCUUUCUCUGUGUGUGCAGGUGCAUUCUGGUUAGAGUUGUUGAGUCCAGAUUUCUACCAUGAUAUAGCAGUGGUUUCGUGUGGAAUGUCAUGAGAGGUGCUUGCAUGACUUUGUACCAACAGAUUAUAAUUAGGUAGAAUACCUUUCUUUUUCUUUUUUUUUGGUCUGUCUUCCUUGACCUAAAGAAAUGACUGGUCUUCUUCAGAGAACCAAAUUUUAAAUGUUUUUGUUAGUUACCAGUUGCCUUUCCUAGCAUUUUAAGCAAAUUUUUUGGUUAUAUUUGAGAAUUUAAAUUGCUGGUUUUUAUUCCAUAACCAACCUUAGAAAUAAACCAGUGCAUACCUAUGCAUGACUUGUGUACUGUAGAAGUAUCUUGGGUUGAUUAGAUAUGUUAGGGUAUUUUGCAUUUACUGUGGAAAUAAGGAGGAUUUGGUUUUUUUUAACAUGGUAGUAGCUCUGAAGGAAGACAGUUAUAUUCUCAAAAUAUCUCACCAUUUCCACAUUUUAUCUAAACAGUAAGCAGUGGUUUCUUCAGCUACUACUGUGCUUAAAUUGCUAGGUGACUUUUAAGAUCUCUGCUGAGAAAAAUUUGAGAGCUCUUGUGAAGAAUCUUUGAUUUAGCAAUCUUUUGCUCAAGAGGCUUUCUUGGGAGGCAGUAGGGUUCACUAACUGCAUUUACCCAGAUGAAGGAUUAGUGAAUCCCACACCCAGGAAACUUGCGUUAACUGAGCUCACAGAAUGAUACUUGGUAAUCUUGUGUGCCUGGAUAUUUAUGGUAGGCUGAUUUAGAUGGGGAUCUUUGCGUUGGAAAACAGUACAUUCUGUCUCUGCCCUCCUAGGGUACCAAGUUAUGAUACCAGUGUAUUAAUUUGAGAAUUCACAAUUCCUCUAAUACCUGAAAUUUGAUUGCUGUAAGCCAAAUUAGAAGUGCGCUUAUUUUGUAAGGGAAGUUUGCCUUUAUAGUAGAGAUGAUCUUGCCAGUGGGUCUGGAAUGCUCAGUGUUUUAGGUCUGAUUGGCCAUGCAUCCUUUUUUUUUUUUUUUUUUUUUAAGAUUUUAUUUAUUUGACAAGACAGAGACACAGCGAGAGAGGGAAUACAAGCAGGGGGAAUGGGAGAGGGAGAAGCAGGCUUCCCAUGGAGCAGGGAGCCCGAUGAGGGGCUCGAUCCCAGGACCCUGGGAUCAUGACCUGAGCCGAAGGCAGACGCUAAAGACUGAGCCACCCAGGCGCCCCCCCCCUUUUUUUUAAGAUUUUAUAUGCAUCCAUUUUUUAUUCCACAGUGUCGAUUUGGACUCAGCCAGCUUUUGCUUCUGUGACUCCUCUUUUUCUGUUCCGUAUAAUUUACUAGUAUCUAUUUUCACCUGACAGGUUCUUUAGAAUAGGUUGAUAAGCAAGAUACAUUGAAGGUUGUACAGCUAGGAGUAAUUGUUUUCAUAAAGGUGAGUUCACCCAUUCACUGUGAUCCUUUAACCCCAAAGGAAAUUCUGAGAGCUAAUUUCCCUUAUUUCUAACUUUUGGGCGGAAGCCUCGCUUAAAACCUGUUUAGUAGUUGUUUGAUUUGCCUGUUGUUAAGUAAUGAAUACAUUCUUUCUUUUAAGGUGUUUUUUUCAAGCAGCUUCACUUGGUUUGAAAAACUUCACCUGUACUCAUUUGUUGUCCGCAAUGAUUGGGAUUUUGUUUUCUGAAUAUGCUCAAAACCCACAAAGACUAUUGAAUAGGGUGUUUGCUGAUAGAAAAUCCAAAACAGGAAUGUGUGUGUGGCAUGAAUUUAGUUAGUUACAGAAUUUCAGGACAGUAUCUAUUACGAGGAAUUAUUAAUAAAAUUUGUUUAUUGAAAAUGUAAA